AUGGACCUCUGGCUCUGGCUCUGGGUGCCCGUCAGUGGUCAACUGGUAACUUGUAAGCUGCCGCCCAUCCCGGCAAUUAGUGCGGCGUAUGUACCGGAGGAGUUGUCGACUUUUGACGCGCCGAAAACAGCUCGUGAACGCCUGUCCAGUGUCGUCGACUCGUCGUCGUGGCUGGGCCGCAGGCCGCUGGGCGCUGGCUGGCAGGCUGAGACAGAAAUAGUUGUUUGUCUCUACGGCACUCCACUCAUGAGCCAGCAGCCCACGUGCGCACUGUUAUACGGUAUGGAAACAAGAUCCGUGUUGCCUCAUGCACCCAGAUGCGCAUUGCGGAUGGCUGAAGUGAAGUGA